AUGCCACCCGCAACGAAGCGCUCCCGCAGCCGCGGCGGAGGCGCGGGCGGCUUAGAAUACAUCUCCCUGGACGGGCUUCGCAUCGACGGCCGGCGCCCGACCGAGGUGCGCAAGAUCCGGUGCUCGCUGGGCGCGCUGUCCCGCGCGGACGGCUCCGCCUACUACGAGCAAGGCAACACGCGCGUCCUCGUCGCCGUAUACGGCCCCCGCGAGCCCCACUCGCGCGCAAGCAUCCAGCACGACCGCGCCGUCGUCAAGUGCGAGUUCUCUACCGCCAUGUUCGCCUCCCCCGUCUACCGCAGGACCUGGAAGGGCGACCGCAAGAGCACCGCCGCCGCCCUCGUCAUGCAGAAGGCCUUCGAGGGCGUCAUCCUGACCGCCUCGUACCCCAAGAGCCAGAUCGACAUCUAUGUGCAGGUCCUCCAGAACGACGGCGGCGCGCUCGUCGCCGCUAUCAAUGCCGCCAGUCUGGCACUGGUUAAUGCCGGCGUCGCUAUGUCGGAUUUCGUCGUCGCUUGUAGUGUCGGCUUUGUGGACGACACCUUUGUCGUUGAUCCAAGCUCGUUGGAGAGCGCCUCGGAUCGCCCGGAGCUCACGCUCGCCGUCUUGAGUCACUCUGCUAAGAUUGCUUCGUGUCAGUUGGAUAGCAAGCUCCCGGAUGGCGAGUCGUUUGAACGCGCUUUGGAGUUUGCGACGUCGGGUGCCAACCAAAUUUUCAAAGUCCUCGAGUACGAAGUGCGCAAGUAUAGCUUGAACUUGCUUGACUCGCGCGGUCUCGUCGCUUUGUAA